AUGACAGGUCACGGAGUUCCACGGACGGCAACCCGUGAAGCGAGGACGGCCGAAGCACGGCAGAAGGAGUUGAAAGAGAUCUCUCAAUAUCAACAGCUGGUGGAGGAAGUCAAUAAAAAGGUUGAUGCUAGAGAGUUUACGCCUCAAUUACUCCAAAAAACUGCUGAGCUUUUGAAGAAGAAUCCAGAGUACUACACUAUUUGGAAUCACCGUCGUCGUAUCUAUGUCAACGAAUUUCACGACCUCGAGAAAGCCGUCUCUUCGGGUGAUAUAGACGAAGAUAAUAGGGUGAGCCAAGUAUUGGAUAUCAUACAAUUGGAUUUGCAAUUUCUAUUUCCUCUUCUUCUCAAAUUUCCCAAGUGCUACUGGAUAUGGAAUCACCGAUUGUGGCUUCUCGACCAAUCCACAAUCCUCCUCCCGGCAUCACAAGCUCGAAAGUUAUGGGAGGAAGAGCUUGGGCUAGUCGGAAAGAUGCUCAGUCGAGACAGCCGAAAUUUCCAUGGAUGGGGAUACCGGCGAAUCGUGGUACAAAACCUCGAAAGUGAAGCCUUGCAGGGUCAGAGCAUGGCACGGAAGGAAUUCGACUAUACUAAGAAAAUGAUUGAAACGAACUUGUCCAAUUUCUCCGCCUGGCAUAACCGAACGAUACUUAUUCUCCGGAUCUUGGAUGAGGAAAAUGCAAGUGACGAUGAAAGGCAGAAAAUGCUGGAUGAAGAGCUCGAACUGAUCCAUAAAGCAUUAUUCGACCCAUAUGACCAAUCACUGUGGUUCUAUCACCAAAAUCUGAUGUGCACGUUCGACCCGGACCAGGCAGCCAGGAGCAUGGCGCCGAAUCUUUCUAAUGAUCAGCGGCUGAAAUACAUCGCAUCGGAGAAGGAGUAUAUCGAAGAAGUGUUGGAAGAUGCUCAAGACUGCAAAUGGCCGUACCAGGCAUUGAUCGAAUGCACGCUGUUGGAAGCAAAAUUGAACAAGGGCAUGCAGAAAGAUGAUAACAGAAAGAUACGGGAAUGGUUGGACAUGCUGAAGACUUUGGAUCCUCUCAGAAAAGGCAGAUGGUUAGACAUGGAGCAGGCCCUUGUCAAGGAUAAUUUGCCGAUAUGA